AUGUCAUUCGAUAAAAACAAUCGAGUCUCGCGAGACAGACAGCCGUCACCUUUCCGACGCGCCUCGAAAUUCGACCAUUACGAUAUACCCACGAAGCUCCCAUCACCCCCUCAAGAAGAUGGUCCACAUCCACGACACGCUAUUCGCCCAAGAUCUCUAGCCGAUGCGUAUCGAGACGCAUCAAAACACGCAAUGUCCGCCACAUACGACGAAGAAUACAACUUUGUGACAACACCAAGCCCGCGAUCAAAGCGGCAGCCGAUUAACGCGUUCUCACCAAUAUCUCAGACCUCCCCUCCUCCCAAAGAACUCGAAGAUGCAUAUAGGCGAAUUGAUGAAGAUGAUGCUCUAGCCGAUCUGGUGCGCGACUAUGACUGGGAGCCGCAGUACAGCGCACGCUCCGGAAGCCGAAGUCGGCCCCCAUCCUCCCGAGCAAAGGACACAAACAAUGGCAGAGGAUCUGCCAAUGGACGACCCUUCUCCGACGCUGAUUUUGGCGAUGAACUCGGCGACCAUCGAGCCCGCAAGACCAGGGACUACACUAAGGAUGAAGAGCGCCUAAAGCGCGUUACGGGCCAACGCUCGCCGGUCUUCAGCAGGGCUCAGGUUGGACGGGAUGCCUUGACGGCAGAUAAUUUGAGAAGACGAAUGGAACAUAAGACUGAGGCGGAUCAUAAUCAUCAUGAACCAGAGGCUGACAGGAACGGUGUUCCUUCGCCGAAUAUACCCACUGGUUGGGGUCAUCGCGCAGGUCACCGACAAGAAUGGGAGAGAAGGCCUACCCAACGUAGUGUCUCCGAAGAAGAAGAGGAAAAAGCGCGUCGACGCUGGUCGCCAACUAUCAGGGAAGAAACCCAACCGCCCAAGUCUACGCGUACCUCUCCUCGUUCUCCGGCGCGGAGCACACUUUCUGCUAGAAGUGCCCUUGAAGAACGCACCGCCAAUCCGCAUAUGCAGGCAACGCAGGAGGACUUUGGGGAAGCGCAGUCUGGGCCAAAGUUGACCUCACCCACCAGUGGCGGCGAGCCAAUCCCCAAUUCCCCUAUCACAGUGUUCAAAAACUCGUCGUUCGCGAGGCCCAGCCCAACCAAGCGCGACUCCCGGGAUCUACUACGCAAACUUUCCAGGACCGAAAAUCCCAAAAUUGAUAAUGUCCAAACUCCCCAGCCACUCAAACUGUUUGAAAGCAAAAUCUACGAUAAGACCCCUCGUGUAACUGGCGCGUGGAUCGAUACUCCUAUGACCCAGCGGGUGGCUGACAAGGUCGAGUUUCCCGAAGAUCUGACGAAAGACAUCAUUCCUCCACGUAUAACGAAGGAGGCCAAGGAAGUUGCACCGCCUACGAAACCAACGGAGGUCAAAUCUAAAGCCGAGGAACCGAAGCCUGCGCAGACUACCGAGAAAGAAGCCCUUCCUGAACCACUUCCUGGGAAGGAGUCAAGGGCCCCGUUGACGCGACCUCAUCUACCGAAAAGUGCCUUAGAGACGGUCAUUGAGGAUGCCAGCUCCGGCAAAGACCUCGAGUUCGGAGAUGAUACCAUCGAGUCCCUUCAAGCAUUUAUGGACGCCGGGCCAGGUGAACCCAAAAUCGAGGAAGAUGACGAAGCUUACGAAAAGGCCGUCCUGGCCCAGCUCCAACAUUCCAGUUCAAAGGGAAAUGACGUAGUCGACUUGGAUUCUUUGAAUGGCAAGCUCAACUCUCUAAUGAGACAUAUCGACGAAGUCAAGAAAGGGCUUGACGGCCUGGAAAAUCACGUUACAAGAGACACCGCAAUUGUAUCGCAAGCAAGCUCUUCAACCAAGAAGAACCCGCAGUCAUCACACUUGCACACAGGCGAAUCCUGCAAAGACUGUGGCACGCACUCUGAUGGACGAGUCUACGCCGCGCUACCUCUUCCUCGGCUGUGGAAGCGGAGCCCGCGAUCCCGACGCCUUCGCCCGACCAAACUCGGCUGGUUCAUCAUCAUCUCGCUCUCAUGGUAUAUCAUCGAAUGCCUGAUGUGGGACCAGUAUAGUCAUCCCGAGAUAUCCGAAAGCUGCGAAGGCUACUGCCUGCAGCCCGAUGCGCCUUUAUACCCAUGGGUAACUGUCACAAUGCUGUGGCGCUGGUCACAUCUGUCGACCGUUUUCACGCCAAUUUUCGCUAUCUGUGUUGCUUUCUCUCGGCUCGUGGCGCAAUUGAUGGGCAUUUCGGAUGGCUACGUGGAUGAUGCGCCGGAGCUUGGAAAUAUCAUUGGCGAAAUCCGAAUCAACGGAACGCCAGUUGCGUUCCCUUGGCUGUCUGCACCCACAGCUGAAAACAUUGUGCCCCAACCACAACAAGUCCACUAUACACAGCAGCCUGUGAAACCAGUGCAGCCUGUCUGGUCAGCUCGCCCCCCACCCCCGCCCCCGCAGAGGUGGGACAAUGACCAGCUGUCCGGGGAAGAUGCAAUGGACGGUGAUGAAUAUCUUUAG